AUGGCUAACUCUUCCUCCAGCAGCACAGCACCUGUGGUGGUGGAGAAAUCAGUAACAGCACCAGUGAAAAAACGCACCAACAGCAGUAGAGAACAACUGCAACAAAUUAUUUCUGGUGGUCUGGCGGCGGCCAUAACCAGAUCUACUUGUCAACCAUUUGAUGUCUUAAAAAUACGCUUUCAACUACAAGUAGAACCUUUAGGCACUCAAGCCGUUGCCACCGCUACAGCAGCAGCCAAAAAAUCCAAAUACAUUUCCAUAAAUCAGGCCAUUAAAACCAUAUACAAAGAGGAAGGUCUUUUAGCCUUCUGGAAAGGUCAUAAUCCUGCUCAAAUCCUUAGUAUCAUGUAUGGCAUUUCACAAUUUUGGACUUAUGAACAAUUGAGUUUGUAUGCCAAACAAACUACGUAUCUUAAGGAUACGAAUUUAUCCAAUUUUAUAUGUGGAGCGCUGGCAGGCAAUGCAGCGGUUAUUGUAUCCACUCCUUUAGAUGUCAUACGUACACGUUUAAUAGCUCAGGACACUAGCAAAGGUUAUCGUAAUGCCACACGUGCUGUAGCGGCUAUCAUAAAGAAUGAAGGUCCUCGUGGCAUGUAUCGUGGUCUAUCGUCGGCUCUGCUGCAGAUUACUCCCCUAAUGGGUUCGAAUUUUAUGUUUUAUCGUCUAUUCUCACAAUCUGCCUGUAAAGUUUUGGAUGUUAAGGAGAGAAGCCAAUUGCCCACCUGGACCUUACUUAUUAUGGGUGCAUCAUCGGGCAUGCUUUCUAAGACUAUUGUCUAUCCCUUCGAUCUAAUAAAGAAACGUUUACAAAUUCAGGGCUUCGAAUCGAAUCGUCAAACUUUUGGGCAAAACAUACGCUGCACAGGUGUCUAUAGUUGUUUGCGUGAGACGAUCAAACAAGAGGGUGUGCGUGGUCUCUACAAGGGUGUAGCGCCCACACUCCUCAAGUCCAGUCUAACAACGGCUUUAUACUUUAGCAUUUAUGAUAAAUUGAAACAAAUACGCUGGUCUUCGCCCACAACAACUACAACAUCUUAGCAUUUUAAAUAAAAGUUGAAUGUUUUAAUUUGUUGUUGCUUGUUUUCUAUUAGAAUUUCUUUUGCUUUCUUUAAUUUCUUUUCUUUUAACAGUGUAUAAUUUAAAAUAUUUAGUUUUAGUGUAAAUAAUUUUAAAUUAUUUAAGUGAUUUUAAGUUAGUUUUCCUUUUUUUGUUAUUGUUGUUUAUUUAAACUAUAAAUGUAACAAGAAGAUAAAAGAUUUUUUAAAAGAUUAAAUUUAAAACGAUAUUUUUGU